CCUCUGCGGCUGCUGUUUGGAUAAAAUGCGCUGGGAGCGUUCGAGGCUCCUCGGCCGCUCACAUCUGGCCGGGGUUUGCUCUUUACGCGUCUGUCCCGCUUUCUUCGGCUCUUCCUCUACUUUCGAGAAACCGCGUUUCCGCUUCUGGCCAAAGAGAUCUUGGAGCCGAGGAGAUCCAGGUGCCAGGAAGGGGCCGGCUGUUGCCUGCACCCCCUCCAACUUUCUGCACCCUCUUCCCGGAGGACUUUUUCCUUCCUGCCUUGCUCUCUCCUUCGACAAGUCUGGUCUUCCCCCGACCUGGCCGGGAGGAGGCUCCGCCGCUGGGAGAUGCUCUAAGAGAGGCCGAGGGGAGGACGCGGGCGCCCGGCUCGCUCCCAAACGCGGGUGGCUGGAGAAUCCGGCUCUCUUCCCAGUGCGCAGUAGACACUGAACAAAUACCUGCGAAAGAACGUGGGACUUCAGCACGAGGGGCCCAGAGGUUCUGGAGAGCAUAGGCCUAGAGCUUGGUGGCCAGGGAUGCCUGCUGGGGACGAGGACCAAGGAGCUGUCCGCUGAAGCCAUCACACAGGAAACGACAGGCGGAAACUGUUUGGAGAUGCCCAUCCCCCACGGCUGCUUCCUCUACAAGGUUGGGAGGAAGCCGGAGAGGGUCCGAGGCUGCCUGGGGCUGCCCCAUUAAAGAAUGGAAAACUAGAUAUGAAAUGUGUUCCUGGGAUUGGCGAACAAACGUCCUUUAUCAAGUGGAAGUCACUCUGCCUGCCUCCUGCCCAUCACCAGAGGAGUCUGAGGAGGUCCUUGAGGAGAACCACCAGCCUCUGCUGCCCUCACUCAGUCCGCCUGGCGCCUCCGACUCUUGUCUGGGUCAUCUCGGGUCCCACCCCCACUGAUAUCAUCACUCCUGCACUGGCUGCGUCCUGGUCCCCAUCUCUUCUGAUCCAGCAGGGCUCAGCAGGAAGAUGGGCCCCCAUGGCCUGGGACUUGCGCUGGUGUGCUGCCUGCUGCUGGCCUUCGCCUGCGGCCCGGUGCUGGCCCGUGUGCCCCGUGGGCAGCAGGAACAGCAGGAGCAGGAGGGGACCAGGGAGCCACCGCUGGACCAUGCUGAGAGGGAUAAAGAAAAGCAUGAAAAAUACAGCCUCAGGCAGGACGAGGAGGCCUCUGCCUCCCGGUGCUUUCGCUGCUGUGACCCUGCUACUGCCGUGUACCAGGCCAUCCCGGUGCCACAGAUCAACAUCACCAUCCUGAAAGGUGAGAAGGGCGACCGAGGAGAUCGGGGCCUGCAGGGCAAAUACGGCAAAACAGGCUCUGCGGGCGCCAGGGGCCACGCAGGACCCAAAGGGCAGAAAGGGUCCAUGGGUGCCCCCGGGGACCGGUGCAAGAACCACUACGCUGCCUUUUCGGUGGGCCGGAAGAAGCCCCUGCACAGCAACGACUACUAUCAGACGGUGAUCUUUGACACGGAGUUCGUGAACCUCUACGGCCACUUCAACAUGUUCAUGGGGAAGUUCUACUGCUACGUGCCCGGCAUCUACUUCUUCAGCCUCAACGUGCACACCUGGAACCAGAAGGAGACGUACCUGCACAUCAUGAAGAACGAGGAGGAGGCGGUGAUCCUGUACGCCCAGGUGAGCGACCGCAGCAUCAUGCAGAGCCAGAGCCUGAUGCUGGAGCUGCGGGACCAGGACGAGGUGUGGGUGCGCCUCUUCAAGGGCGAGCGCGAGAACGCCAUCUUCAGCGACGAGUUUGACACCUACAUCACCUUCAGCGGCUACCUGGUCAAGCCCGCCACCGAGCCCUAGCCGCCCGCCGGCCCCCUGCUCCAUCACCACAGGCUAGCCUCCUGUCCUCCCCGUCCCUGCCCUGCUCCGCUGGACCCCAUGGUCCAGCCCCACCCCCCUGCCGCCCAUCGCGACUCCUGGUCAGCCCCUCCCCCACCCGGGUUUCCCGGGCCACCCCCCCCCCCCCGCCCCGUCCCCAGCUUUGGCAUUCGACGCGACGUCUCUCAUGGGAGUGGGAGGCAACAUUGGCUGUGGGGUCCCAGGCCUUGCCGUGUCCGCACAGUGAACUCACCAGGCGGGUGCCCGUGGGCGCUCCCCUCUGUGUGCACAUCCUUGCGUGACCCCUGUACGCGCCACGACGCGCCAGGGUGUCCCAGAGUAAGCCACCCUUGCUCCCGCUGUGGGGAAUAAUUAAGCCAAUUUGAAAAGUUGUGAAAGGAGCAAAGUAAACCAUGGAAAAGAAAGGGAGGCGUUGUUAUUUUUGCCUUUCCGCCAGCACAGCUGGCUCUGAGGAGGGCUGUCUCCCCUUGAGGCUGCAGGAGACUGCUUGUAAGAAAAGAUCUAAAUGACGCGAAGGCGGCGGGGGACGUGGGGACUGGAAAACCACGUUUGGCUUACUAUUUUAGGCCACGUAUGAACCUUCUUGGGGGACAGCUGGACGGACAGCCACGUCCUGUGGACAUUCCUGUGGUCUUGCCCCAGGGCUCCGCUGGUCUUUCUGAGCCACAAUGGUGAGGGGGUUCGAGCUAGACAGGAUGGGGCAGCUCCUCAGAGGGCCAGCCAAGCCCGCGGCCACAGUCUCUGGGUUGGGGAGCAGCCUGCCCCCCAGAACCCGCAGGCUCCUGGCAACAGACGGUUCUAUGUGGAGCAAAGCUCAGUACAGCCCAGCAGCGCCGAGCAUCCUGGUGGCUCUGCUCACUCCCCCACCCGACCCUCGCGCCCCCGGCAGGGCCUCCAUGCCUGUCACCCUGGCCCUGGCUUUCUGUCCUUCCUCUCUGACAGGUCAGCCAGGGGAGGCACCAGGGCCUUUGACUGUGUAGCAGCCGUCAUGGUUAUACAACAUUUUCAAUAAACCCCCCUCGCACACCAUCGCAGAGUCCUACUUCCCAGAGGGUUCAGCAUUCAGCCCCCAGCACCCUCCUCUAGGGCCUCUUUGACCCAAGACCAUGCAGGAGGGGGCUUUCCUGGGCCCCAGAGCAGAGGAAAGCUGGAAGGGACCCAAAGCUUCCCCCUCUAUCUGUCUCCAGAGCUCCUGCAUGGCUCAGCCUCUGAGAGAGGAGAGAGGGCACGUCCCAACCACUGGGGUCAGAACCCCCACUCUGAGGGGGGCAUGGGUGUGCCUGGAUUGGUGCUCUGGCCUGCGGCCAACUUUGGCCGGGCAGCCCUUCCCCACCUCUUCACAUCAACACCCAGGGCCGGGGUCACCCUGCCUGCCUGGGCCCUAAGCCCCUGCAGGAGACUUCCUUCCCACUGCCUGGUAACCCUUGAUCUUGGACCCAACCCUCUACCCUCCCUGGGCCUGGCCAUGGGGUCUAGGGUCUGCACAUCCUACCCUCUGAAGGACUUCUGCUGAUCACACUUUAAAAACUGUUUCUGUGGGUGAGCUGGUGAUCAGGGCGCCCACCUGCUGCUUUGUGCUGCCCUAAUGCUCUUCCAGAAAACAUUAAACUUGGAAUUGUGUGUUUUA